GGGCUCCCAAAUCAAAGUUCAUGAAAGUGUAUAUAUAAGUCGAGAUUCAGGUUAGAGUUACUCACUUCACAGUGGAGACACUCAAACAGAUAUCUGAGGACAAAAAACACCUUAUCAGUCACACUGAAGGCCAUUGAACCCAGUUGCCAGAGUUGAUGCCAUGGGGUUCCAGAGGGCUUUCCUGUUCCUGGUGUUGAUGUGUGCGACAGUGAUGGUACACAGUCAACCGGCCGACAUCAGCCAUCGUUAUACACACUUCCUCCGACAGCACGUCAAGGGGGAUAUGACAAUACAGAAGUGUCAGGGUGUGAUGGGCUACUUGGAGUUGACUGAGUCUGAUAGCGCAAAUUGCAAAGUAAAAAACACAUUCAUUAAAGCCAAUUCAAAUCAGGUCAGGGCCAUUUGUACUGGGGGUGGCACACCUAUGGGCAACAGUCUGUUUGAAAGCAAUAAUCGCUUCCCUGUAGUCAUAUGUAAGCACAAGUGUAAAAAGAAAACGCUAUGUCAACACACUCAUCCCCGAUGUGAAUAUGAGGGUUCUUCGUCCACCAGGAAAGUUGUUAUUGCUUGUGAACGAGAAUGGCCAGUGCACUAUGGCGACGAUAUACUUAUUGUCUAAUUUAGCAGAUUGCUAUGAACUGGUUCUCUGAAAUAAAUAAUAAUAUGCCUAAUUUGACACCUGAA